GCAUUCCUGCAAUAAUUGUAAACCAGAGAGUAAUGCUAUUUCAUCUCCAAGCCACCUCGGGCAAUUUAUUUACCUACAGUUAUUGCGACUUCAGAAGCCAAUUAAACGAGAGGUAGAGAGGAAGGCUGAGCGUUGGAGGGAAGAGUCCAGCCCAGCCCACUUCAAGUCGAGUCCUGCACCAGUCUAUUUUCUCCUAUCACCAUCUGUCACGUCUGAUCAUCAGUCAGAGCGUACUGUAUUCAACGCAAGACAACUGCGCUAAAUAAGAUCACGUUCUCAGGCAAAGUUAAACUUUUAAAAGGUUUCUUGCUUGUCUGAGCCAUCCAGUGGAUUGUCCAGGCAUUGCACAGUAUUGGAUAAUGCUAUCACAUUGAGGAUUCUUAUUACCAUCCAUUCUUAUACUAAAUACAAAAAACUGGACUGAUCUAUCUGUCAGAAACGACAUUAAAAGAAAGAUUUCCUAAGGAAUGUACAUUCCCCACUUCCAACAUAUUGAAUUAUGGACUGCCUAAGAACUAUGUGACGCAGAGUGGAAAGCAUCUUGUCAGCUAAAAAGAAAGCAACAUUCUCAGAAUACCAAUGGAAGCAUCGCAUGCCGCUUACGCUGCUGUUGCUGCCCCCACUGUGGUUCCCAUGACCCCCUCGGCAGGGUACCUGCUCCGGAUGUUCCGCGAGUACCAGAGCAAUGCUGUCAUCAGAGAACACUACAACUACACAGGCAAACUGAAGGAGAACAAGUACAAGGAUGGACUAAAGCCAGAGGCCAUAGCCUUCCUGCUGAUCUGCUUGCUCAUAGUGCUGGAGAAUGCUGUGGUGCUGUUGGCCAUCUGGAAGAAUAAGAAAUUCCAUCUGCCCAUGUACUAUCUGUUAGGCAGCCUAACACUCUCAGACCUGCUAGCAGGCUUCACCUACAUGGUGAACAUUGUGACUUCAGGGGCCAACACGUUAAAUAUGACCCCUGUGCUGUGGUUCCUGAGGGAGGGGGGGGUCUUCAUAACGCUGGCCGCCUCCGUCAUCAGCCUCCUGGCCAUCGCCAUUGAGCGCCACGUCACCAUGGUGAGGAUGAAGCCCUACCAGGGGGCCAAGCGAGGCCGAAUGUUUGCCCUGAUCGGGGCCAGCUGGGUGCUGUCAGUGUUCCUGGGGGUGCUACCUGUCCUGGGCUGGAACUGUAUGGGCCGUCUGGACCAGUGCUCCACCGUCCUGCCGCUCUUUGCCAAAAGCUACAUCCUCUUCUUCAUCACCGUGUUCACCGCUGUUCUGCUGGCCAUCGUGGUGCUUUAUGUGCGCAUCUUCCACACUGUCAAGUCCAACACAAAGCACCUGGGCUCUGGACCGCAGCGCAAAGGCCUGGCCCGCAAGUCCCAGAAGUACAUGGCCCUGCUGAAGACUGUCACCAUCGUGCUGGGCGUCUUCAUCAUCUGCUGGCUGCCUCUCUUCAUCCUCCUCCUGCUGGACUUCUGCUGCCCGGCACGGAGCUGCCAGGUGCUCUUCAAGGCGGACUACUUCCUGGGCAUCGCCAUGUUCAACUCUCUCCUCAAUCCCAUCAUCUAUACACUGACCAGUAAGGACAUGAGGAGGGCCAUCCUGAGGCUGCUGUGUCGACGCUGCCUCCUCACCAAGGAUGGCCAGGUGAAGAAGAUAGGGGUGCCCUUCCUGGAGUGCAGUACCAGUAAGACUGAGGCGCCCUCCCAUAGGCUGGAGGGCCUGGAGAUCACAGUCUCCUCUGCCAACUUCACCCCUUCCACUAUUAAAGCCAUCUACCCCAGGAUGUCAAAGACAUGACGUGUCCAUGACGGCCCAAUGUGACUCAGCAGUAAUAAUGGAUAAUUGUCCAAUUACAGUAAGAGCAGAGUUCUGGAUACCCCCUUGACUGGACCACUCUUCGGCACCAUCUUACAGCUGUGAGACUACAACAUGUUAAGUAUGGGUUGUAAAUGGAACUACAAGCAAAGAGGAAGUAAUACUCUUCCUCUCACCUCAAUGGUAGAGAAUGUCAGCGGAACCCACCAUUGUCCUAUGUUUUGCCUUCCUCCCCUGGUCUGGCAUUUUCUUCCUAGACAGAUAAGCUGGAGGUUUCCACUGAAAGACUGGUCGGUCUAUUGUAAGGAAGUCAAACCUAAGUCACAGUGUUAGAGAAAUAAAUACCUUGUUGGUUUUUACUCUUCGGCGCAAAGCAUUAAACGGAUUAAUAUGCUGUUCUCAUACUGUGAAAUUCCUUUUCUCGUAUGCUGAGAUACAGUAUAUCUUUCAUACAUUAACAAUCUUCCAUAAUCCAAACUGCAGAAAAGAAAAACCCUCCUGAAGGAAUGGAUUCAUGUUUGUAGCAGUAUUUUGAAUUCACCAUUUACCGGUAGUUAAAGAGAACCACUCAACCAGCAGCUGUGAAAUGAACGUUAUUCAUGUUUUUUAUUAUACAAACAUUGAAAACACAUUCAGUACAUUUUAUUUUGAGUCAUACACAUAAUUAAAGUAUACAUUUGAGCCAUGCUAAGGCUCAUCCUUACAUCCCCUCUAAAGAAAAUACAUAAUACAAACAUAAUGACAUGUAGUUAAAACAUGAAGAAUCCACACCCAAAACUUCUGCCAGAACCAUGUAAUUUUUGUCAUCUGAUCUCAGGUCACGUUGAUGCCUCUUCUGGUUUGCACAUCUCUGGAGGUCUCUAAAACACACGUAGCAGCAGACAUGAUUGUGAGCAAUAAAAAAUACAUUAUUGACGGCUCUGAUUUUGUGGACUCAAAGUAUGGAAAUCAUAUUGAACACAGCCUGUUCACAAAAACAAUAGCAUUCAGAACUUUCCUGUACAAGCUGGAGAAUAUCCCUCUCAUGCAAUGAAGUGUUAUGUCUAUCUUCUGUAAACAGUGGUUAAUAGAAAUUUGUCAAAGACAAACCACAAAUGCUUGGGAUGCCAUGUAUAAAGUUCCAUUAUGACAGCAGUGAUGUUUGAAAGCAAGCAAUUCAAAUCUUUCACAUUGUAUAUAAAUGUACAAAUGAAAAAAAAUUAUAUGUCUUACUGUACUAUACGGUAUGUUGUGUAAAUAAAAUGAACUAUAGUUUCUGUAUUUUGUUUAUUCUGAACUAAACUUAAUUUAUGAGGCCACUGCCAAUGUUUUAUAUGUACAUUCAAAUGAUAAAUAAAUGUAUGUGAACAACAUCUACAAAAACA